UCGGCCGCACGCCGCGCGCGCAGCUGCCCUCUGCAUGGUGGACAUCAUCCUUCGCCAUCCUCUGCGGGGUGCCAUGGGGGACCCCGCCAAGAAGAAGCCGGGGACCGCCACGUGCGUGGGCUGCGGGAGCCAGAUCCACGACCAGUUCAUCCUGCGGGUGUCCCCCGACCUGGAGUGGCACGCCGCCUGCCUCAAGUGCGCCGAGUGCAGCCAGUACCUGGACGAGACGUGCACGUGCUUCGUGAGAGACGGGAAGACCUACUGCAAGCGGGACUACGUCAGGCUGUUUGGCAUCAAGUGCGCCAAGUGCCAGGUGGGCUUCAGCAGCAGCGACCUGGUGAUGCGCGCGCGGGACAGCGUGUACCACAUCGAGUGCUUCCGCUGCUCCGUGUGCAGCCGCCAGCUGCUGCCGGGCGACGAGUUCUCGCUGCGGGAGCACGAGCUGCUCUGCCGCGCCGACCACGGCCUUCUGCUGGAGCGCGCCGCGGCCGGCAGCCCGCGUAGCCCCGGCCCCCUGCCCGGCGCCCGCGGCCUGCAUCUGCCAGCGGACCCGGGGUCGGGCCGGCAGCCCGCGCUGCGCCCGCACGCGCACAAGCACACGGAGAAGACGACCCGCGUGCGCACGGUGCUCAACGAGAAGCAGCUGCACACGCUGCGGACGUGCUACGCGGCCAACCCGCGGCCCGACGCGCUCAUGAAGGAGCAGCUGGUGGAGAUGACCGGCCUGAGCCCGCGGGUCAUCCGCGUCUGGUUCCAGAACAAGCGCUGCAAGGACAAGAAGAAGUCGCUCCUCAUGAAGCAGCUGCAGCAGCAGCAGCACAGCGACCGGACGAGCCUGCAGGGACUGACCGGGACGCCCCUGGUGGCGGGCAGCCCCAUCCGCCACGAGAGCGCCGUGCAGGGCAGCGCGGUGGAGGUGCAGACCUACCAGCCGCCGUGGAAGGCGCUCAGCGAGUUCGCGCUCCAGAGCGACCUGGACCAGCCCGCCUUCCAGCAGCUGGUCUCCUUCUCGGAGUCCGGCUCCCUCGGCAACUCGUCGGGCAGCGACGUGACCUCCCUGUCCUCUCAGCUCCCGGACACGCCCAACAGCAUGGUGCCGAGCCCCGUGGAGACGUGAGGGGCCCCUCCGGCCCGCGGACCUCGCAUGCCCCCUGCAUGAGACGCACCCAC